AUGGGAGUUUUUUCUACAACGACAGUGUCUGAUGAUGAUGAUGAAAUUUGUGCACGUGCAACAUGGAACCCAAUUGGUAUCACAGUAGCUGGUGGCCGAGGACAAGGAAGUGCAUUAGAUCAGUUUAAUGCUCCUGGAGCGUUAUUUGUUGAUAAUGAUCGUUCUGUGUAUGUUGUUGAUUCUCGCAAUAAUCGAGUCAUGAAAUGGGACUUUGGCGCGCGAAGUGGUACUGUUGUGGCUGGUGAUGUUCAAGCAGGCAGUGGCAAUAACCAAUUGAGACGACCUAAUGGACUCGUUAUUGACAAAAAGAGUGCCCGGUUGUUGCUGUGCGACUUGGGAAAUCAGCGUGUAGUUCAAUGGUCUCUUGUUGCUAAAAAUGGGCAAACAAUAAUAUCCAAUGUGUCGUGUAUUGAUCUUACGACGGACAAUGAAGGCUCGUUGUACUUGUCCGAAAAUGAUGAAUAUCGUGUUUUAAAAUGGCAAAGAGGCGCUACCGAUAGUGAAAUAGUAGCCGGUGGACAUGGUAAAGGUUCAAGUUUGAACCAAUUGUUUAUGCCGUCGAAUACAUUCGUUGAUCGCAUUCACUCGGUAUUCGUGACAGAUUAUUGGAACAAUCGAGUAAUGAAAUGGCCUGUCGGAGCGAAACAAGGAAUAAUUGUUGCUGGCGGCAAUGGCCAAGGAAAUCGCACCGAUCAAUUGAGAAAUCCUAGUGCAAUUAAAGUCGAUCGUUCAGGCACUAUGUAUAUCGUUGAUUCACUCAAUCAUCGAAUUCUACGCUGGCAUAAAGAAGCUACAACUGGAAAUGUUAUUGUUGGUACCCAACGAUCUGGUACCACCGCAACUCAACUUUGGAAUCCAUCUGAUCUGACUUUUGACCAGCAAGGAAAUUUGUAUGUUACCGAUACUGCCAACAAUCGAAUUCAAAUGUUUGCUAUCAACAAGACUUUAUGUUGA